CUUCCUGAGAAGGAACAUACUCAUAGGCCGGAAGCGAAAAACACAAGAGGAGGAUGGCUUGCGCUGCUACAGCUUGCCGCCAGACUGGUUGCUGCAGAGAUGAAGAUGACGGAGAAUUGGUGGCGUCGACAAAGAAGAAAGCUGAGGAGCCCAUCAUCAAGACCAAUUCAGUUUCAACUGAUACUGCUUCUUCCAAUACUUCUAAUUCAACUAAUGCUUCUUCUUCUGAGGGGUCUGGGCAUCGUCAGAGUCUCUGCGUCAAGUGCAAGACCGACGAAGCCCUCAUCGGAGAUGAAAGUCGCCUCUGCUUCGGAUGCUUUCGUUCAUCACUCUUUGGAAAGUUCAAGGUCACCGUCACCACGAAAGAUUUGAUUUCUCCCCUUGAUAAUGUCCUUGUCGCUUUCUCCGGUGGUCCUUCCUCCAGGGUGGCUUUACAAUUUGUACAUGAGCUGCAACAAAAAGCACAAAGGAAUUUGGAUGCUAGCAGAGACAAAUCAUUACCAGUGUUUGGUGUUGGAAUUGCCUUUAUUGAUGAAAGUGCUAUUUCUUCCAUCCCUUCUCAUGAAUUUGGGCAAGCAAUCCAAGAUAUCAGAUCGAUUGUGUCAAGUUUAGCUCCACCGGCAAAAGAGUUGUUCAUUGCACCGAUUGGAAAUAUUUUUUCUUUGGACUCCAAUGAUGGAAUUGAGAGAUUGAAUGAGUUACUGUGUGCAAUUAAUGAUGUAACUGGGAAAGAAGAUCUUUUACGGUAUCUACGUAUGAUAUCCUUGCAGAAGAUUGCUUCUGAGCAUGGAUACAACAAACUGGUGCUAGGAUCAUGCGCAUCAAGGAUUGCUUGCCAUGUCAUUUCAGCAACUGUGAAGGGCCAAGGUUACUCUUUACCAGCAGAUAUACAGUAUGUUGAUGCAAGGUGGGAGGUUCCAGUGGUACUUCCUCUUCGGGACUGUCUUAUACAGGAACUAAAAGUGCUGUGUCACCGUGAGAGCUUGAAGACCCUGGAGCUGCUUGAUGGUCCUCAUUCUGGCAUCAAUGGUUUGGUGUCAUCAUUUGUUACUCUCUUGCAGGAAGAGAAUCCUUCCAGAGAGCCCACCAUAGUAAGAACAGCAGAAAAGCUUACUCCAUUUAAUUUCAAUAGGCUACCAGAAACCAAUGACUCUAGCAAUCAUUUGUCUUUCCGAAGGCGUCACAAGAAGUUGAAUUUCAUACCAAAUGAAUCCAAUCCAUCAGAAUUUUUCUGUCCAAUCUGCAACAGCCCAAUCAAGAAUUCAGAUCUGGAAAGUUUGAGAAGUAAUCUUGGGCAUUCUGAAACUAAUGCUGAUAUUUUUUGGGCAAGCUGUUGUUCCAGUUGCCAAUUUCAGAUACUUCCAAAGGAGCCAUCACCGAUGGAGCAUUUCUAUUCACUUCUCCCAAAACCAGUGGUUGCUCGAGUGAGGGAUGGCAUCUGCUCUAACCAAGAUUGGCUUAGGGAGCAAAUAAAGGAUUGCUUGCUUUCAGAUGACGAAGAAGGAAGCUGAUUUUUUUCCUUUUUUUGGGUAACCAGGCCAGUCUAUAUAUGAUCUUACCAUUAAGUAAUUGGCACGAGGUUGCUUUAAGCCACUACACGCAGAUUUUUCAUCAGAAAGACUGCACCUGAAGAUCCUUAUGAUCUCAGUUGGGUCAAUUACCAAGAUAGUCUGUUAAUAUGAACUGUGUUCUAUAUAAAAAAUCACACCAAACUGGUGUUAACUAAGCCACUCAAGCAUAUUGAACUUCAGCUCAAGCCUGCCACAGCUACUCAAGCAGGAGUCUUUCUGAUUGUUCUUGACAAAAAGUGGUGAGGCAUCAGUAUUUGACUAUUUAUACUUUCCUCCAGUCUUACAAGUUUUCAGCUUUUAGUCUAAAAUAUUUAAAGGCAAA